AAGUUCAAGGGGGCCGAAUACUUUCGGAAAGGCACUGUAACUGUUGUCCAUUCAGAACAUUUGUCUUCACCAAAUGUACUCGACAUGCUGUUUCAUUCAAACUGAUCAACCACCUCUGCCUUCUUCUGGAUCCGAACCUUCCUCUUCUUCUCUGCUCAAACGCCACUCUUGGAGGUAAACUGAUCAAAAAAAAAUUGUUAUGCAUUUUAGCUAACCCUAACCCUUUAACUAACCUUAACCUAAUUAUCCUGUUCUCCUAAACCUGCUACGAAAAGUCCAUUUUGACAAAAGCUGUAUCCUGUCUAGACAAAACUCGAGGUAGGUGCGUUUCCAAAAUGUACAUUAUAGUCAUUUAGCAGACUUACAGUUGUGAGUGGAUAUACUUUUGUGCUUUUUCCCUGUACUGGUCCCCCGUGGGACUCAUACCCACAACCCUGGUGCUGCAAGAGCCAUACUCUACCAACUGAGCCACACAGGAGUUUAACAUCACUGAAGCUGCAGGAAAACAAUACAUCUGCUUAAAAUAUAAACAAAAUAGACUUCAGUCAGUAUUUAUCUAUCUAUUACAUUUGAUGUUAUUGAAUAUUUCCACUACUAUUUAUUCAAAUCUGUUUUUGGCUGUGCCAAUACAAUUAUUUAGGUGGUUAAAUAUGGUUUUAAAAUCAGUAAUAAUAACCACUGAAAUCCACAUCCCUCAAGAGUGCUUUCUUCCACUGAAGUUAGUUACCCGGCCUUAUAACCACAGCUCUACGAUCAGAUUACCUAUCCCAAAUCCUACCCUUUACCGUGAGGGAGUAACAUGUAAAAAUGAUCGUAGAACAGGGUCUAGUUGUAACUUCCUCUCCAAUCUGAGCGCUGCAGAGAUGACUCUUCGAUCGAUUGGUCGAGUCUGAGUAUUAUACCACACGGCGUGGAUACGAGCUCGUGGAACAUUUAGGAUUCAAAGUCACAGCUUACUGAAAAACAAACCUUAUUGCAGUCACCCAGAAGACGGACAUAUAGUUUAGUGUCAACAGUAACGUUACCAGAAACUCCAAUUGAAAUGGCGAAUGACAACGCGAAACUCUCCAAAAACCUCUUGCGUAUGAAGUUCAUGCAAAGAGGCCUGGAUGCAGAUACAAAGAAGCAACUGGAAGAAGAGGAGAGGAGGAUCAUCAGUGAUGAGCAUUGGUAUCUGGACCUGCCAGAACUCAAAGCUAAAGAGAAUUUCAUCAUAGAAGAAAGAAGUUUUGGGCCUUGUGAAGACCUGAAGUAUGGACGAAUGUCAUUCAAGGGGUUCAAUACAGAAGUAGAGAAACUAAUGAUCAUCAUGAAUGCUCCAAAUGAGGAAGAGUUGGAAGAGGAGGAAAUUAGCCGAAUGGAGACUGAUAUCACAGAUGAAGACAUGGCUAGAAGGUACGAGAGCUUAGUGGGAAGCAUGAAGAAGAAGUUUGCUAAGAAGCGGGAGAGGUCUGCAAUUGAGGAUGUUAAUCAAAACGCAACUGAGACACAAAAAAAAGCUUUUUUGAAGCCUCAGGACUGAGGGCAUGCUUUUUUUUAUUGAAAUGAAGUAUGUCAGGACUGUACAAUGUUUUUAUGUGCAACAAUUUUUAUUUUAUUUUUACUGCUGUGUUUUCAUGAACCGUAGGUAACUUCCAAAGAUGUUAGACAUAUAUUUUAAAGUUGAAUGGAUGUUAUAUAUCCUCUUUUUAAAAGUACAUUUCUUCAAGAUGCAUUGAGGGUUAUGAACACAGGAAAUGAAGCCCACAUCCAUGUAACAUGGACCAGGGUAUAGUUUAAUUAAAACUGUUACCCAAUGUG